AUGUCCCGAUCAGAAUCUAAUACAGAAAAUCAAACAAGAGUAGUAAAAUAUACUUUAAGGACAACAUUUUGGUCGAAAGAUUAUAUCACGGGGAUUAAUACAUUUUUAAAUCAGAUUAAAAAUGAUAAUAAAAUUUUAACUACGCAACUCACUACAUAUUCGAAUUUCCAGAAUGAAUGUUGGUCAAAAUUCAUCAAAUCAUUAUCAUCUUCUGUAUCCACAUCGGAUGGGAACAAUCCAAUACUGUAUCUAUUUUAUAAGAAACUAUCCGAAUCAGACAUCGAUGAAGUGAUGACAGUUUCAUGUUUGGAUCCAUUGCGUAAAGUGUUGAAAAGGAAUGAGGAAUUUUUAUGGGUAACUGAGAAUGAACUAAAAACUAAAUAUGAUUAUUUCAUUAAAGAUUUUAAAUCCACUAAAGAAGCUAUGGUUGAAUGUGAAAAACGUACUGAGAUGUUAUCUAAUCAAUACAAAACCUUUCCAAAAGAUAUUGAAGAGGUAAAGAAGCAAGAACAUGACAAAGAGGAUGAAGUGCAAGGGGAGGACGAAGUAGGAGAAAAGAUUAAAGUUAACGAUAACAGGGAAAUUUCUCUGGAGCGUUCUGAUACGGCUGACAAUUCACCAUUUAACAUAACCUAUCCCUUUGAAUUAGAUACAAGAUUACUUUUCCAAACUCAAGUUGACUUUUUUACUUUUCUUAAUAAAUUAAAGGAUACGGUUCCAGUAGAAAAAAGAAUGAUAUCAAUUCCAGGAUUAAGUAAUGAUGGAUUUCAAGGAAGCACAUUACUACAUGAAAUUAAGAAACAAGAUAUAAAAAUAGAUACAUCAUCAUUUAAUAUGGACCGAAUUGGCCAAAUUUUUAUUGAUUUAAAUAUUAUUCAAGAGAACUCAUUGAAUUAUUUUACUGUUUCGUCUUCAAGGGUACUUUUUGCUAAUGAUAGUUAUUAUCAUUGGGUCGGUACUACUUUCAAAUACAUAACUGCUUCAUUGACGACUUUAACACCAAGUUCAUCUGCAAGUUCAUCGAUUAUUCGAACUAAUACAGUCGGUACAAACUCAAUGGAAGAAACACAUGGAAGAAAGAAGAAAACAUAUGGCGAAUUAGAACAUGAUGCAAUUCAAACAACAACUAGAUCUAUCUCUAGUUGGUUUCGUAAAAUAAGUAUGGCAGAUGGAGGUGAAGAAAGUGAUACUGAUUUACUAAGAGGACAAUUAUUACAGUGGGAACACAAAGCAUUAAAAAGGUUUUGUAAGUUGGAGUACUCUAGGAUCCAACUAGAAAAAGCAAUCUUUGAGAAUUGUAAGAAAUAUUCUGCACUGACGGAAGAUUUGAUCGCAACAAUAAAUCAAACUCAUCUUGCUGCCAAUCAUAGUAUUGGGGGUUUAAUCAAGAUUUGGGAUAUUGAUGAUUCGAAGAGAAAGUCUAACUAUGUUCACGAAUUUUAUGGAGCUAAGGGCGGCUACCUUGGAUUUUUUUCAAGAGAUAAUUGUAUUCCAUUCAAUGGUUGGUUAACUAAUUCAAAUCAUAUUGAAAAAAAGGCCUUUCUUUUCGGGCAUGCAAUUGAUGAUAAUAUUCUCGACAGUAUAACAUUAAUUUUGAGAUUUAUUGAGAAUGGUAACAAUAACCAAGAAUUAAGGAGUAAAGGUUAUUUGCUUAAACAUGUUUACCAAAGUUGGAGGAAUGAUAUUGAUCUUAUACGUGUUGCUAAUCUUCGAAGAGAACUUCUCGAAGAAUUUAUGAAUAACGGUUUCGAUAAUAAAAAGGCUAUAGAGAAGUUAACAGAUACAAACCAUACUAACGUAAAUAUAUUAAUUAAUGAUUGGGUUGGGUUAAUAAAAUUAUGGCUUCUAGAGUUACCAAAUUGCUUAUUUUCAUCGUCUUGUUACGACAAUAUCAUGAACAUUAAAAUACCUAUUACAACUGAAUCGAUAAAUAGUGAUUCUUUCAACUGGAUGGACGAACUGCCGCCUUACAACAUUAAAUUAAUUUUAGAAUUCUCAAAACAUUUUGGAUGGUUGACAGACCAUCAAGUACAGGGAAGUGAUGUGGUCUCGGAUCUAUUCUAUGAUAAUAUGGAUAUACCACUGUUUCAUUUGUUUAUAAGGCCACUCGGGCUGAGAGAGCCAACUCAUGUUGUCAAAUUAUCUCCAAUUAUAUGCGAAUUAUUUUCCAAUAAAAUGAUUUACGAAAAGUUUAAAGAAAAGCUAAAAAACGAAAUAGAAGAGAAAGGCAACAUUCCAGCAUUGAAUAGUGACAAAAAAGUGGUGGAACCAGAACCAGAAGUCCCAUCUAUUGUGAUUAAACAAGGGGAAGAAAAAAAGAAGAAGAAAGUACAGUCAAUACUGAACUCCCUGCUGAAGACAUAG